AUGCUUUCCGCCACCAGCACAUCACUCCUCGCUACCCGCGCAACACUACUCACCCUGAUCGGACAUGCAUUCGCGCAGACAACUUCCUUCUCCGACAAUGCUCGACUCUUCAUCCAAAACAUCGACCCAAACGCCGGCUGGGCAGCUUCAAUACAAAACGCCUGCAACGGCUCCACAAUCUACGUGAUCUCAUGCACCUCCGCGCCGAUCAACAACGAAUGCAGUCCUCGGACCGCCACCAUAACCGAAGGCACCGACUUUUACAUCGCCACAACGCCAGCCAUCUACUCCGAGACCUCCGCCACCAUCACUCAAUCCUGCGCGCUGGACAAGGCUGCUUUGUCGGCUUCUUGCGUGGCUGAGAUCGCGGCGGGUGGGUACGGGAAUGAUAUCAGAUCUACGGUCAGUUACAAUUUGACGGGUGGCGACUACUACCAGUAUGAUGUGAAGGUCACGAAGGGUGCGGAGCGGACGGCGGGUGGAGGUGCAUGUGUCAAGGAAAGUGGUGCUUCGCAAAGGCAUAGGAAGAUCGAAGGAACGAGGAGUCGGGUGAUGGUAUGGGUGUGCACGAUGCUGGUCAGUGGCUUGGUGACGCUUUCGAUGCCGUAA